AUGACAAGUCAGUACACGAGGACCAGAAAGGCCUCCCUCAACCUGCUGAAGGGCAUCGACAAAAAGCCCAAAGGUGGUCUGGCCCUGAUUCCCCGGCUGGAAAACGCUGAUGGGGCAUAUUUUUAUGUGGCCAAAAAAUACUCCUACGAGAGCAUUAGCGAGCCCGUCAGCUCGCUGGCCCGCGGCUGCGACUUCGUGCUGCCGUCCCGCUUCAAGAAGAGGCUCAAAGCCUUCCAGCAGGUUCAGGUCCAGACGAAGGAGCAGCCCCCACCGCCUGCACCCAGCCAGAGUGUGCCCGCCUUCUACUUCCCCCGCGGCCGCCCGCGGGACUCGGUGGACGUGGACGCCGUCAUCGCCAAGAUCGAGAGGACCUUUGCCCAGUUCCCACAUGAGAGGGCCGCCUUGGACGACAUGGGCAGAGUGGCCAAGGCCUGCGGCUGCCCUCUCUACUGGAAGGGGCCACUCUUCUGCGGGGCCGGCGGGGAGCGCACGGGCUCCGUGUCUGUCCACAAGUUCGUCGCCAUGUGGAGAAAAGUCCUGCAGAACUGUCAUGACGAUGCGGCCAAGUUUGUCCACCUGCUCAUGAAUCCCGGCUGCAACUACCUUGUACAGGAGGACUUCGUCCCCUUCCUGCAGGACGUGGUGAACACGCACCCUGGCCUGGCGUUUCUGAAGGAGGCGUCGGAGUUCCAUUCCCGCUACAUCACCACCGUCAUACAGAGGAUCUUCUACACGGUCAACAGGUCCUGGUCGGGGAGGAUCACAUGCGCAGAGCUCCGGAGGAGCAGCUUCCUGCAGAAUGUGGCACUCCUGGAAGAGGAGGCGGACAUCAACCAGCUGACAGAGUAUUUCUCUUACGAGCACUUCUACGUCAUUUACUGCAAGUUCUGGGAGCUGGACACGGACCAUGACCUUCUCAUUGAUGCGCAGGACCUGGCCCGGCACAACGACCACGCCAUUUCCACCAAGAUGAUCGAGAGAAUCUUCUCAGGAGCCGUGACGCGAGGUAAAAAAGUGCAGAAGGAAGGAAAAAUAAGCUACGCUGACUUUGUCUGGUUUCUGAUCUCCGAAGAAGACAAGAAAACCCCGACCAGCAUCGAGUACUGGUUCCGCUGCAUGGACCUGGACGGGGACGGGGCACUGUCCAUGUACGAGCUGGAAUACUUCUACGAGGAGCAGUGCCGACGGCUGGACAGCAUGGCCAUUGAGGCCCUGCCCUUCGAGGACUGUCUCUGCCAGAUGCUGGACCUGGUGAAGCCCCAGAACGAAGGGAGGAUCACGCUCCACGACCUGAAGGCCUGCAGGCUCGCCCACGUGUUCUUCGACACCUUCUUCAACGUGGAGAAGUACCUGGACCACGAGCAGAAAGAGCAGGUCUCCCUGCUCAGGGAGAGCGAGAGCGAGGGCCCCGAGCUGUCCGACUGGGAGCGGUACGCCGCGGAGGAGUACGACAUCCUGGUGGCUGAGGAGGCUGUGGGGGAGCCGUGGGAGGACGGGUACGAGGCUGAGCUCAGCCCCGUGGACCAGAAGCUGAGCGUGCUGCGGUCCCCGCUGGCCCAGAGGCCCUUCUUCGAGACGCCAUCUGGCCUGGGCGCCGUGGACCUGUACGAGUGCGGCUGCGGGGACGACGACCUGCAGCCCUUGUGACCCACCCGCCCGCGGGGCCGUCCUCGCCGCCUGCUGCUGGACGCGGCGGCUUCUGUUGAGCUGUUUUACGGAAGAUGAGUGCGUUUGUAUGGGAUGGUAGGUUUUUAUUUAUUCACCACGGGAGCUGGCUGAGGUGGGCACUGAGGUGCGUGUCCCACCCCACCCCCGGAGGGGCCGACACUCGUCCAGGAGCCCAGGCCAGCCUGGCAGGGAGGGGACACAGUCCUGGGCUCCCCUGAAAAUCAGGAUGGCCUCGCCCCACUGGCCAGCUCCCUAGAUAAUGUCUUUCGAGACUCAGCCCAGUCCUGGCUGACGGUUCACCCUGGAGGGAACCAGUCUCUGCUCCAAAAGGGUGGGUCUCAGGGUCACGUGAUGUGCUCGAACCUUGGGGCUGGGUGGGGUAGUCAGGAACAUUCCAGGAGCCCCGGCCCCACUGCAGCCCCAGAACCUUCUGUCUGUCCUGCACGGGCAUCUGGGUGCAGCCCCAGAACCUUCCGUCUGUCCUGCACAGGCGUCUGGGAGGGGGCGCCGCCCCAGCCCCAGCCCUCCCCACCGAGGCCACACCCACAUGAGCUUAUUUGACCGUUUUUGUGUAAAUGUACAAAGUAUGUAAAGUUAACUUUUAUUUGUUGUGCAGAGCAGUUUAAAAAUGUUUUAUGAGAUCACGUUUGUAUUUUCAAAUAAAGAAUUUAAGGAUUUUCAGC